AUGGGCACUUGUUCACAAUUUCACCUAUGUUGUGUUUUCUUUGCAGAGCAUACAAGGAAGCUCCUGGGAGAGUUUGGGAAGAUAUAUGAGGAGCAGUAUGGAGUGGCCCUGUUCAACAGUGUACGCUAUGAGAUCGAAGGGAACGGAGGACCACAGACGCAGCUAUUACAUCGCAAGACGCCUCUCAAAGACCGUGUGAUCUUUUCUGGAAACCUGUUCCAGUAUGUGGAUGAAACCAAAAAAUGGAGGAACCGCUUCUGUGUGGUUCCUCAUCACUAUGGCCCAGUGCUUUAUGAGAACAAAAUAGCUUAUGAUCGUGGCCUACAGCCCCGAGCUGGCAUCAACUGUGCUGGGUACAGAGUAUUAACCUCCCUGGAUCAGUACACUGAGUUACUUAAUAACAUGGUUCCAGGUGGCAAGGUGAAGACUGGCAGCACCCCGAUGAAAUGUGCCACUCAGUUCCCCAUUGUUCUUUGGCACCCUUAUUGUCGGCAUUACCAUUUCUGUGUGAUGACUGAACGUGAGCAAGAGAGAUGGAGCGCAGUGUUCCAGGACUGCGUGCGUCACUGCAAUAAUGGUAUCCCAGAAGAUUCUCGUGUGGAAUCUGCCGCAUUCACAGACUCGGUGAGAUUUUUCAGGCAAGCACGGGACCAAUAUGGAACAUGGGACAUGCUGUGCGGCAAUCAAGUGCAGGUCCUCAGCAACUUGGUAAUAGAUGAAAUCCUCCCCGAUCUGAAGAACAUUAUUGGCCCCAGACUCCGAGGAAAACCUCAGGAGCGGCAGAGGACCUGGCUGUUGAUUUCAGACACUGUGUACCGGAUGGUGCAUGAGCAGACCCGCAUCUUCUUUGAGGGCCUUGAAAAGCGCUGCAGUGACAAGAGAACGGAGAUGGAGAGUCAGAUCCGAACAGACAUGGACCAGAUCAUUGCUUGCAAGGAGCACGUGUCCAACAAAAUUCGAGUCGCUGUGUUGCCAAAGGCAGAGUUGUGUGUAAGGAACCAUGUCCAGACUCACAUCCCAUCUAUUCUGGAAGCACUGAUGGUUCCAACCAGCCAAGGCUUCUCUGAGGUUCGGGAGCUGAUCUUCACAGAGGCCACAGACAUGAACAAGAACCUUGUGAAUGAAGGAGGACGGGACAAGCUGGGAGAGCAUAUGGAGAAGAUCUCACAGCUGGCCUAUCACCCAGUAAAAAUGCAGCAGUGCUAUGAGAAGAUGGAUCAUCUGAAUCUGGAAGGACUACAGCAGAGAUUUGAUGUGGGAAGUCCAUCUGUAUUCAAACAGAGAGCACAGAUCCUCAUGAGGGAGCUGACAGACAACGCGGUGUACACAUUUGAACAGCUGAUUCACCAGGAACUGAACAAGUCAGAAGGAGGAGAGAACCUGUGCAGAGACAUCCAGCGUAUUUUAGAGCGUGUUCUCAAGAAAUAUGACUAUGACAGCAGCAGCAUCCGCAAGAAGUUUUUUCAGGAAGCAUUACUGCAGAUCUUAAUUCCUUUCCUCCUGAAGAAGCUGGCACCUACAUGCAAAUCGGAGUUACCUCGAUACCAGGAACUUAUAUUUGAAGAGCUGUCGCGGUUUGUCCUGGUGGAGAACACAUAUGAAGAGGUUGUGCUGCAGACUGUGAUGAGGGACAUCGUGCAAGCUGUAAAGGAUGCCGCCACGCAGCGAAAGCAUAACUUGUUCCGGGACAGUAUGGUAUUGCACAACAGUGAUCCUAACCUUCACCUCCUUGAAGAUGAGCCCCCUAUUAAUUGGACUGAAAACUAUUCCAACAAUACUGAAUCCUCUGGAGGCAGGCAUGGUAGACAACGCCAAGUGGUAUCCCUUAUUCAGGAUGAUGAUGCGCCCGAAUACCUGGAAUCCUGCCAGGAGGCCCCAGCUAAUGAAAAUAUCCCUGAAGAGCCAGAGUCCAGUGAUGUCAGUACAAUCCGGAACAUGCUUGUCAAAGAGUUUGAUGUUGAGGUUCAAGACAAAGCACAGAUUCCACAACAGGAUGACACUGUGCAGGCCACCCAACAUGCACAACCCAAGGAACAGGUGACACAGGUCACUAAGUCUCACACAGAGCAGAUGAGGCCCAAUGAUCUUCAGGCCCAGGAAGAGAAUACAUCAUUUGGUGGACAUCCUGAAGAUAAUGUGGAUAACAGCCAUGUAGAGCCGACAAGAACACCUUCCACCACAGAUGUGUCUCCAGAAAGAGAAUUGGUACAUAAUUACCAGAGGCUUUCAGAUCAUAUAGAAGUUCAUGGUCAUCAGGAAGAGGAAGCACCACAUCAUUUACUGACACAAGAACAUUUGAGCAUGGAUGAUCACAAGUUGACUGAGGAGCAACCUCAUGAAAUACACGAGAACAAGGCAGUCAACCACGAGUCAGUCAUAAAAUAUGUGAGCCAUGAACACCAUCCAGUUGAAGAGCUGGAACAACACUCGACACAGGAAAAAACUGUCCAUCCUGAGAUACUGCCUUGCCAGAUCCCACAAGUGGUUACUACUUCACUUGCCACUCCAGAAGAGGACACCCAUUCUGAAGUUCUUCACUCUUCCACAUCACAUGCAGUACAUUCCACCCCAGAUGAUAGCGGCUUCCAAUCACCCAUGAGUGAGGAGGAGGAAGAGGGUGAAGGGUACAGGGAAACUCCUGUGCCAGCUCCACAAAAGAAAGAAGAGGUCAUUACCCAGUUCUGA